AUGUGUGGUCAGUUUGAUUUUGGCUAUGACGGCAAGGAGAUGCUCAUGCUUGAAUACAACCGUGGCUCCUCCUCAGCCAUGCUGGAGUGCGGUGGCACUCAAGAAAAGAUGGCGCGCCGCUAUGGCGUGGAGCUGGGCACCUCCACCGGUUCUUUCCUGUACGCCAAGAUUGUCAAAUACUUUAAGUGUUUACUCCAAAAUCGGCUUUUGUGCCCUUCCCACAAGCUCAUUCACUUUGUGAUUGAUGGUAAUGGCGAGGAGUGGUAUACGGCGCUCUACGCAACGAAUGCUGCUGAGGCUGCGGGGUUUAGGGCGAAGUUGUGCUUCAAGCUGGCGGAUUCCUCCUUCGGGUGUGCCACCGGCGGGGCGAAGCUGGCUUCGUCAGCAACAGAGCAGCGGCCCAUUGUCGAGCUCGAGGAGGAGUGGUUUCUGCUGGUUUGGAAAACCUGGGCGUGGGAUACGGUGCUGCUUCAAUACACCGCGCGGCUUGCCCAGCCGGGGUCUCAGCGCAUCCGCUGA